ACUCCAAGAAGCCCUAACCUUCGAAACUCCUUUAGCAAAUACUAGCUAGCUUCAUUGAUAAUGGCUCUUGUUGUUCCCCACUCGUUGCCUAUCUACGCUCUUGUGACAUUGGUUAUAGUUCUUCUAAACCUAAACCCUAGUUCUUGCUUCAACCCCAAACUCUUCAAUGUCUCGAGGCUUCAGUCUGACUCGGACUGGGCUGCGGCAGUUGCGACAUGGUAUGGAGACCCCGAGGGUGGUGGCACUGAUGGAGGUGCGUGCGCUUAUGCAAAUGCUGUAGAUCAGCCUCCGUUUUCUAAAUUAGUUUCUGCCGGUGGAGCGUCAUUGUUCAAAUCAGGCAAAGGAUGUGGAGCUUGUUAUGAGGUCAAGUGCACCGGUAAUGCUGCGUGCUCCGGUAAUCCUGUGACUGUUGUUAUAACCGAUAACUGCCCCGGAGGUCCGUGUGCUUCGGAUGCUGUUCAUUUUGAUUUGAGUGGCCAUGCUUUUGGAGCCAUGGCCGAAUCUGGUGAAGAAUCUGAACUACGGAAUGCUGGAGUCCUUCAGGUUCAACAUAGAAGAGUGCUGUGCGUUUAUGGUGGUGUGGACGUAGCCUUCAGAGUGGACACGGGUUCAAACCCUUACUACUUUGCUGUUGUAGUAGAAUAUGAAGCUGGACCUGGUGCCCUAUCCGCACUUGAGCUCAAACAAGGUAACUCAGACUGGCUUCCCAUGCAGGAAUCUUGGGGUGCAGAUUGGAAGUUUAACUCCGGCUCACAGUUGCAGGGACCGUUAUCUAUAAGACUAAUUGCAGACUCCGGCCAAACCCUGGUUGCGAAUGAUGUGAUUCCGGUUGGCUGGCAACCCGGUCAAACUUAUCGCUCGGUUGUCAACUUUUAGAUCCUUAUUGAACUGUAUCUGUAAUUGGUAUAGUACUGAAUAACCACUCUAGGCAACAUGCCAACAUUCAUGAACCAUAUCAUGUAAUAUGAUCUCUCUCUAUUUUACAGUAAGAUGCCAACAGUGGAAAAUUUGUUAUCUUGCC